AUGGAUUCCAAUUUGGUUUCUAGUUACAACAAAGCAUUGUCUUCUAGAGUUCUUGGUUGCAAAGAAUCGAAAUUAGCAAGUCAUCCCGUUACAGAAAUCACCGAUACAAAAGGGGGUUGUGUUCUAUCUGGUUGUGAAGAUAGAAUCGUAUUGUACUACACAAGUUUGAGAGGAAUCCGAAAAACUUACGAAGAUUGCUGUGAGAUUCGAAUGAUUUUAAAAGGGUUUCGAGUUUUCAUCGAUGAAAGGGACAUUUCAAUGGAUUCCGCUUACAAAGAGGAACUACAAGGUGUUUUUGAAGGUAAAGGAUUCACUCUGCCACAACUGUUCAUCAAGGGUAAACAUAUCGGUGGUGCAGAUGAGAUCAAACGGCUUCACGAGGAAGGAAGUUUGUUUAAGUUUAUGAAGGGUUUUCCUAUUAUUGAUCCUGGGUUUGUUUGCGAUAAUUGUGGGGAUGCAAGAUUUCUGCCAUGCCCAAAUUGCAAUGGCAGCAGGAAGGUUUUUGAGGAAGAAGAAGGGAGAUCGAUUAGGUGCCCUAAUUGCAACGAAAAUGGAUUGAUCAGUCGUUCUGGAUGA